AUGAAAGAAAUAAUCGGAAGUUUUCCUUACUGUGAGUGUUUUAUUUGAAAUUGUAUUUCCUGAAUUCAAUAUUUAGAUCCGAAACAAUUUGAAGACUUUGAAAUUUCUUGUGGGAAAAUCGAAUUAUGGUUGAGUACAGAUGAGCUCCUACUUCAAAAUGGUAUCUAGCUUUCAUAAAAAUUUUUUAAUUUCUAGAUUUUUUCCAGCAAUGUAUGUACAUUUAUGUCAAAAUCCACCAGUUUCACCAGAUUUCGAUACUUUUAUGUGUUAUUUAUCAAUGGCAGCUGGAUGUAAAGUUGAACAAUUAUUACCAAGGGGUGAAAUCGUUUCAAGACCAACACGGUAUGUUUUUUCAAUCGAGAUCGGGGAGUUGAGAUCUGUGGUUGAAGUCAACUUGAAGAAGAUUACAAAGUUUCCAUAAAUUUUUUCUACAAAAAUCCAGGUCCACUAAAUUUAACCAAAAUGACCAUAGUUUUUGUAUAAAUCUAAACAUCAUCAAGCCCGAUUUCUUUUAGAAAAGUUCAAAAUUCCCCUUUCACUUUAUCUUCAAAAACCAAAAUCGAAUUUUCAAGAUUUUACUGUGUAUCAUCGAAUCCACGAACACAAACUGAAUAUCAUACAAAAAUUCGGAGACUUCUAUUAAUUCAAAAACCUUCGAAUUUAUCCAAAGAUGAAAGAAACAAUUUGAUGUUCGCAAUUUUUCGAAUUUUGGCUGAUUUUGAAGAACCAAAAAAACAAAAUGAAAUCAUUUAUUAUCUUCAAUGUUUAUUGGAUGAAACUGAAGAUUUCGACAAUUUUGCACAAAUGUUUUCACAAGUUUCAGGUAUUUUUCAAAAAAUAAAUUAUUAUUAUUUUGAAUGAAAAUGCUCUUCAGAUGACAUUGCGAAACUUCACAAAAUUGCUUUGAUAUUUUUACCCGAUAUAAAAUUGGUUCUUCGACUUAUUCUCGAAACAUUGAUUGCUGUAACACAAAGAUCUGAAUUUUCAACGGAAAUUCCUAAUUUUGAGGUUUGCUUUUACAAAGAUAUAUUUGGAAUUAAUUUUUUGGAUGAAUUUCAGAUGAAAACUCGACCAUAUUGUGGAAUUGUGAUAAAAAUGAUCGAUAAACUUCUUGAAACUGAAAAAUGGAGUUGGAAAGAAAAUUUGGAAAAUUUUCUAGAAGAUAUAAGAAACCAAUUUCGAUAA